AUGGUGGGAACCUCUCACAAGAGCAGCAGCCCCCCACACUCUCAGAACCUCUCACAAGAGCAGCAGCCCCCACACUCUCAGAACCUCUCACAAGAGCAGCAGCCCCCCACACUCAGAACCUCUCACAAGAGCAGCCCCCCACACUCUCAGAACCUCUCACAAGAGCAGCCCCCCACACUCUCAGAACCUCUCACAAGAGCAGCAGCCCCCACACUCUCAGAACCACUCACAAGAGCAGCCCCCCACACUCUCAGAACCUCUCACAAGAGCAGCAGCCCCCACACUCUCAGAACCUCUCACAAGAGCAGCAGCCCCCACUCAACCUCUCACAAGAGCAGCAGCCCCACACUCUCAGAACCUCUCACAAGAGCAGCCCCCCACACUCUCACAACCUCUCACAAGAGCAGCCCCCCACACUCUCAGAACCACUCACAAGAGCAGCCCCCCACACUCACACAACCUCUCACAAGAGCAGCAGCCCCCACUCUCUCAGAACCUCUCACAAGAGCAGCAGCCCCACACUCUCAGAACCUCUCACAAGAGCAGCAGCCCCCACUCACACAACCUCUCACAAGAGCAGCAGCCCCCACUCACACAACCUCUCACAAGAGCAGCAGCCCCACACUCUCAGAACCUCUCACAAGAUCAGUCCCCCACACUCUCAGAACCUCUCACAAGAGCCGCAGCCCCCACACUCUCAGAACCUCACAAGAGCAGCCCCCCACACUCUCAGAACCUCUCACAAGAUCAGCCCCCCACACUCAGAACCUCUCACAAGAGCAGCAGCCCCCACACUCUCAGAACCUCUCACAAGAGCAGCAGACCCCCACACUCUCAGAACCUCUCACAAGAGCAGCAGACCCCACACUCUCAGAACCUCUCACAAGAGCAGCCCCCACACUCUCAGAACCUCUCACAAGAGCAGCAGCCCCCCACACUCUCAGAACCUCUCACAAGAGCAGCAGCCCCCCACACUCUCAGAACCUCUCACAAGAGCAGCAGCCCCCCACACUCUCAGAACCUCUCACAAGAGCAGCAGCCCCCCACACUCUCAGAACCUCUCACAAGAGCAGCAGCCCCCCACACUCUCAGAACCUCUCACAAGAGCAGCCCCCCACACUCUCAGAACCUCUCACAAGAGCAGCAGCCCCCCCACUCUCAGAACCUCUCACAAGAGCAGCCCCCCACACUCUCAGAACCUCUCACAAGAGCAGCAGCCCCCACACUCUCAGAACCUCUCACAAGAGCAGCCCCACACACUCUCAGAACCUCUCACAAGAGCAGCCGCCCCCACACUCUCAGAACCUCUCACAAGAGCAGCAGCCCCACACUCUCAGAACCUCUCACAAGAUCAGCAGCCCCCCACACUCUCAGAACCUCUCACAAGAGCAGCCCCCCACACUCUCAGAACCUCUCACAAGAGCAGCCCCCCACACUCUCAGAACCUCUCACAAGAGCAGCAGCCCCCCACACUCUCAGAACCUCUCACAAGAGCAGCAGCCCCCCACACUCUCAGAACCUCUCACAAGAGCAGCAGCCCCCACACUCUCAGAACCUCUCACAAGAGCAGCAGCCCCACACUCUCAGAACCUCUCACAAGAGGACCCCGAGGGCUACACACAGGCUACACACAGGGACCCCGAGGGCAAGGCUACACACAGGGACCCCGAGGGCAAGGCUACACACAGGGACCCCGAGGGCAAGGCUGCACACAGGGACCCCGAGGGCAAGGCUGCACACAGGGACCCCGAGGGCAAGGCUGCACACAGGGACCCCGAGGGCAAGGCUGCACACAGGGACCCCGAGGGCAAGGCUGCACACAGGGACCCCGAGGGUGGCUGCACACAGGGACCCCGAGGGUAA